UCCACGCCACCAUGUGCCACACCAGCUUCUCCUCAGGCUGCCAGGCUGCCUGCGUGCCCAGCUCCUGCCAGCCGUCCUACAGCACGUCCAGCCCCUGCCAGGCUGCCUGUGUGGCCAGCUCCUGCCAGCCGUCCUGCCUGCCCGUGAGCUGCAGGCCUGCCCUGUAUGUGCCUGUGAGUUUUAAGCCGGCUGUGUGCCUGCCCGUGCGCUAUAGGCCAACCGUGUAUGUGGCCCCCUCCUGCCAGUCCUCCGGGUGCUACCAGCCCUCCCGCCCCACGCUGGUCUGCAGACCCGUCUCCUGUAGCACCCCUUGCUGCUUGUGAUCACGAGCCUCCUCCCAGAUGCUCCCAGUGCAGACCGGAUCACCCCUAUACCCCUCCCAGCAUGAGUCUUCAGUGGGCCUCCAGUUCUGAAUGUGGCAGAUGAAAAAAGCACACUAAACCGACCUCUGAACCCGGGCGAGAACAUGGCAGGAUGAUCUGGACCCUUCUGUGAACUGCUGCAUUCCCCCCAGGAAGCCCUGGUUCCCAGGGUCCUUCUCUGUCUCCAGCAGGAACCCACACCCCAUGUGACCCAAAUAAACUGCUCUCCCCAUGCAA